AUGAUUGAAAUACAACCGAAAGGGAUCUUGGUCAGACCAACAGUAACGUUCGUGACGAUCAGGCCAAAACCGGAAUUAAAGAGCACGUCGGACACGAAAACGAAGAGCAAACCAGAGACGAAGACCAAGCCAGUGGGGAAGAGCACGUUGGAAACGAAGAUGAAGAGCAAACCAAAGACGAACUCCAAGCUGGAGACAAAGCCUCAGCCGGAGACCAAAUCCAAGCCGGAGACGAAGAGCAAACUAGACACGAAGAGUAACGCAAAGCUAGAUGCAAAGAGCAACGCCAAACCGCAGGCAAAGACGAGACCAGAGACAAAGGCCAAGCUAGAGACGAAGAGCAAGGCAAAGCCAGACGCAAAUCCCAAGCCAGAGGCAAAGAGCAAAGUUGAACCGGAGAUAAAGGCGAACCCAAAGACAGGAGCGAAGGCCAACCUAAAACCAGAGGCAAAGAACACGCCAGACGGCACGAAGACGAAGAGCCAGCCAGACACAAAGACCAAGCCAGACGCAAAAAGUAAACCCAAGCUAGAAGCGAAGACCAACCUAAAGCCAGAAUCGAAGACUAAGAGCAAACCAGAAGCAAAGAAACCAGAAACAAAGACGAAAGCAAAGCCAGAAACGAAGGGAAAAGUCGAGCCGAAGAAAAAGACCAACUCAGCGAGGAACGCAACAAUUAAUCUGGAGACCACUACAAAGAUCCAGCUGGGUGCUAGGAGAUACUAG